CUUUUACUCAUCCCAACCUCCUCCUCCUCCCUUUCGAGGUUUCGUUUCCUUUACCCGCUUACCCCCCUCUGCUCUCUGUGCUGUGGAUUGAUUUCGUCUUGAUUCCGCUCGCGAUUAUCGUUUUGGUCGACUUACCGUAGGGUUCUGACUUUUUUUUGCGAUACUUCCGAUCCCUUUUUGACAUCUCCUUGAGUCCCGAAAGGACCUCCCCCCUCCCCAGCGGUCCUCCAUCCGUUCGUUUGUUUUCUCCGACUCGUCGCGUCGUCCACCUUUUGGUUGCCAGGGACUUCCACCACGAAUCACCCCGCGUUGGGCGGGCUCUGGUUACUUCUUUUGGGAAUACCUUACUUAAAUCUCUUGGGAUUAUUUUUUACAAUUAUCACCUCUCCGCCAUGUUCUACUCAGAAACGCUGCUGUCCAAAACGGGGCCGCUCGCCCGCGUUUGGCUGUCGGCCAAUCUUGAGCGCAAGCUUUCCAAGUCGCAUAUCUUGCAAUCGGAUAUUGAAAGUAGUGUCAAUGCCAUCGUCGACCAGGGACAGGCUCCCAUGGCGCUGCGAUUAAGCGGUCAGCUGUUGCUUGGUGUUGUUCGCAUUUACAGCAGGAAGGCGCGCUACUUGCUCGAUGACUGCAACGAAGCCUUGAUGAAGAUCAAAAUGGCUUUCCGUUUGACUAACAACAAUGAUCUGACCAUCAGUGCUGUCGUUGCUCCUGGUGGCAUUACGCUACCGGAUGUUUUAACCGAAUCUGACCUGUUCAUGAAUCUGGAUUCAUCUCUGCUCUUACCACAACCUCUUUCCCUCGAGCUGGAAGGCAAGCGACCAGGCUCUUCAAUGGAUUUUGGAUCACAACUGCUGCCCGACACCGGACUCCGACGUUCUGUCUCUCAGGAACCUGCGCAUCUAGAAGACCACACGUUGCUUGAUCUGGACCUGGGAGAUGAGGAUUUACCACUAGGCCAUGACUUCAGUAUGGAAGCGGGUCGAGACGCCCCAGCCCCACGUCCCGUCGAAGAAGAUUUGUUUAGUGAUGCUGGUAAAUUCAACGACGUCGACCUGCCUCUGGACCUUGGCGAGGAUGGUGCUCCAUUGGACAAGAUGGACCUGGGCGAUGACCUUCUGCCAAUGGAUGACACGCUGGAUCUGGGUGUUGAUGGAGAUAUGGCUGUUGAUGAAGUGGACGACCGAGCCGACAAUGAGAGUAUAUUAUCUGACAUGUCUGAGAACCGUUUGGCGGAAAUCGAUCCCGACAACCAAACUCAACUCUACCAAGACAACGACGAGGUAGCUGACGAGGAUGAUGUUACUAUUCAACAUGCUCAGCGUGCAAAGCGACGCAGGCAGCUCCCGAUUCUUGAGCUGGACGCAAAACCCGAGUACCAACCCAAGGUUUAUUUCGCAACCCAGCAGGAACAGCUGGCUGAGAUCCUCCGACCUUCAUCCUUCCUUCCUCGGGAUCCGGUGCUGUUGACGCUGAUGAACAUGCAGAAGAACGGCGAUUUUGUGGCGAAUGUAAUGGGAGGUGGGCGUGGACGUGGCUGGGCCCCCGAGAUCCGUGAUUUGCUCUCUUUCGAUGCUGUGAAGAAGUCUGGCGAGCUCAAACGCAAGCGCGAUAGCGGAAUUGCGGACAUGGACGUGGAAGCUGCCAUUGCUCCUGCCUUGGACUUUGGAGACGAGGAAGCCAUUGUGCCUGUCGACGAGGGAGUUGGCCUUGACACAACCCUGCAGCAACGCUCCGAGAUUGAAUUUCCUGGGGAUGAGGAGGACCAGCUCCGCCUCAGCGAUGAUGAAGGGCUUCACCAGCCAUUGGAGGACCUCGAUACGACCCUUGAGCCUGUGGACAGUGGGCCCGUGUCAUUGGGCACGAAACACGCCGUUCACGUCCUGCGUGACUGUCUCGGCGAUGUAGACCAGAAGAAGGCUGUUCGGUUCCAGGAUCUCCUGCCCGAGAAACAGGCCUCGAAGGCGGAUGCCACGAAAAUGUUCUUUGAAGUUUUGGUUCUAGCGACCAAGGACGCUGUUCAGGUCGAACAGCGACGCGAAACAGUGGGCGGACCCAUCAAGAUUCGCGGUAAGCGUGCACUCUGGGGAGCUUGGGCUGAGGAGCAUGCCAAUGGUGAAGUUGCGACUCAAUCGAGCCAGGUUGUAGCGUAGGAGUAGGAGUAUAAUGGUUUGAUUGUGAAUUUUUUUUUUCUUUCCCUUUUUGUACAUUGAUGUGAUAUCUUUGGGGUCUUUUUCUUCUUCUUCUUUUCAUUUCCACUCUUCGUCAUGGUUGAGACAGGUCCUCAUGUAAUGAUUCUGGAGUUUGGGG